GGUGCAUGCAGAAAUCAAGAGCGAGGAGCGGGAGCAGGUAACGAGGAAUGGCUAGGCGUAUGACGCUUUGGGAAACUCGGUCGCGAGGGAUCUUGUCGCCGCGUUUCUUGGAUAGAAGGGUGGAGGUUAGCCUGCCCUCCAGGGGCGGGGUGUAUAAUCCGGUGAUGGACUGGGUUGGGGUAGAACUCAUAGAGAACACGGUGUACCUGGUGGUGGAACUAGAAUGGCGCGCAAGGGGUGAGUUUGGGGGCACCAACCUGGAAUUGUCAGGACGGGUGCGCGCGACAGGGUCUCUAUACUUGUCGGAUGAGGGAUGGCGGACCUUCGGGGUGGCCUUGGCGGAUGGCGGUGACCCCGAACGGAUGUUUGACGGGGCAUGGCAGGUGACCUGGAGGGAAGGGUUUGCGUUCGCCAACCCGGACCGGGAUGACGUGACGGCGACCGUCCGGGUGGUCGAGGUAGGAACUAGUAUCUUGUCUUAUGAAAAUGUGCGCAUGGUCUUGCCGCCCUUUUUGCUUGAGCGAAUGGGAGGGGUAGAACGUUCUGAGAUGGCAGUGAUAGCCCUGGGUAGGUUGAGUUUUAGUAACAUGACCGUCUUUCGAGAAUAUUACCGGGCCUUUCUGGAACUAGGGCCGUUCGAUGAGGAGAAGGAGUACGACGUGCUAAGCAUUCUACAGGCCGUAGUGGGCACUAGACCUGGAAUACCGACGGUAACCGAGGAAGUCGUGUGGGAGAUAGCUAGGCGCGAGAUAGGAUGCGGGAUGACAAAGAUCCCGGAAGGAAGCGUUCGGAGGUAUAAGCCAGUAGGAAAGAAGGCGAAGCCGGUCUCCAUCCUACUCGAGAUGACUAAGGAGGAGGCCAUGGAAAAGGAGGGGGAGGUUCUUCGGGUAAUUGGAGAAAGGAGGGUGGCGGAAGGACAUAGGAUACCGGAUGAGGUGGCCCAAACCAUGAAGAUCAGAGUAAAGGGCUUUCUGACGGAGCAAGAAACACAGGGAAUCAAAGAAGUAUGCCAAGAAUCUCACCUAGCAUUUGCUUUCAAUGACCAUCAGAAAGAACGCUUGGACGCUAAGUUGAUCCCACCAGUCAGGAUCCACACGGUCGAGCAUGAGUGUUGGAAUGACAAGGGACCGGCCUACGACUUUGGGAUCGCAAGAGAAGUGACGGAGCUCCUUAGGGCAAAAAUUGACUCCUUCGUGGCAGAACCCACCGCGUCUCCUUAUGCCAACAAGUGGUUUGUAUUCCGCAAGCCCAACAAUUCACUUAGGUGGAUUCAGGACCUGCAAAAGUUAAAUGCUGUCACCAUCCGGGAUGCGGGAUCGUUGCCGCAGGCAGAUCUUCUGGCCGAAUUCCAUGCCGGACGCAGUAUUUACUCCUUGAUAAAUCUGUACUCAGGAUACGACCAGCUCCCGCUGGACGCACGAGAUAGGCCCUACACGGCUAUGCAUACGUCAGUGGGACAGUUGCAGAUGCAGGUCACACCUAUGGGAUUUACUAAUGCGGUAGCAGAGGCACAGAGGAGGAUGCUCGCGGUGGCCGGGGACAUGUUCCCAGACAAAUAUGAGCCCUACAUUGACAAUAACCCUGUCAAAGGAGCACGGGAAAAGGAUGAGACCGAAGUCCAGUCGGGGAUAAAAAAGUUUGUUUGGGACCACCUGCAGGAUAUUAGAGAGCUGCUGCGAAGAUUCCUAGAAUACAACAUAGCCACUAGCGGUCCGAAGAGUAUCUUGGCAGUUCCAGAAGUCACAAUUUUGGGAUUUCGUUGUGGGGCCUAUGGAAGGAAGCUGGAUCCGGCUAAGACCGAUAAGAUAGCACAGUGGUCUACGCCCCUUCGAACUACAACAAAAGUCAGGGCAUUCCUGGGGGUGGUAGGCUUUUGGAGAAUCUUCAUAAAAGGGUUCGCAAAGAUAGCGGAAUCGAUUCGAGCCAUGAUCCGUGAAGAAGGCACGCUCGAUUGGACUGAGGAAAGGGAAUCGGUCGUCCAGACCCUGAAAAAUAUUCUCACAUCCGAAGAAGUCACCCUUGCCGCUCCGUGUUUCAACGACGAGGUCGGUCGACCUUUCAUCCUUGAGACGGAUGGAGGACCAAUGGCAGUCGGCGGGGUGCUAAAUUAUAAAGGCGAAGAUGGUAGAGAGCGACCGAUCAGAUUUGAGAGUAGGACGCUCAAUUCAGCUGCGCGGCACUACUCUCAGUUCAAGAAGGAGGUACUUGCGAUACUGCAUUGCCUCAAGACCUUUCAGGGUUACCUCUUCGGGAGGAGGUUUAUCCUGAGGAUAGACCCAACCAAUGUCGUCGGGGCCCUGAAGAACUAUAAGCCUAUAGACCCGACUGUUGGAAGAUGGGUAGGAUUUAUUUGGCAGUUCGACUAUAAGAUUGAGCGCAUAGUCGGCCUUAGGAAUCGAGCAAACGGACUGAGCAGGGUGGUCCUCACACCCGAAGGGCUAGAAGAGGCAAAGCCGAUCGACGCGUUCCUCGACUACGAGGGCGGGACGCUGGUAGUAGACAGCGAGAUGGCCGGAACCACUUGCACAACUGGGGAGCUAUUGAUCAAAGCACUCGAAAAGGGGCCUCCGACAGUGGUUGCCGAGUUAAGGGAAGGAACGGUCACCAGAGUUGGAAGGAGGGAAGAGAAGGACGCCUGGGGCAGUGUUGUGAAGCCCCGAGAUGAACAAAUCGCACUAGCCAUUGAGGGAGGCUGGAGAAGGGUUAUGAGCAUGAUGGAGUCUCAGAAGCUGGAGAUGCAGCACUUUCAGGCCUAUCAGGUGGAUAAUAAUCAGACAGGUACUCAGGAAGAAGAACAGUUCUUCCUCAUCAAGUCAUAUGAAGGUAUAGAAGUCACGCCGACCAAGAUGGCAUCCAACAACGAGAACAAUAUUAAUCAAGCAAACAUCAAUGUUGAUGACCCAUGGCGGCAACCAGGGAGGCCGCAAAACAGAAACAGACCGGCGCUCGUGAUAGGACCGCAACCCCAGCCCCCUGUGAGGACAAGAAAAAGGAAGAUGCGAGUUUGUAGACCCUCCCCUACAAAAGAAGGCGAUGUGCUCCCAGCUUGGCCAGAGGAUGAAAGUGAGCAAGAACGGGAGGAAAGGAGGGAAGAAAAAGGGACAGAGGACCAGCACAAGGAACAACCUGGGCGGGGAAGCCGGAAAGAUGCCAAGGGAUCCACAGAAGAGGACAAUGAGACAGGGGAGGACAUUCCGGAGAUUGUAAUUGUAAGUAGCGAUGACGAGAUGGAUAGGGUCUCAAGGCCCAGGCCGGCAGGACAGGCAUCAACAAGCAGGGCCUCAGAGGAGGUCCAUGAUUGGGAGGAGGUAUUUGACCUCACACCCAGUCAUUGGUUCGAGGUGUGGGCCAGCACUUUCAGACAUGACUGGAUUAUUAUAGCCCGUAGCCUCAUGGCGGCUGGGGAGAGGGUCACGCCAACGGACUUUUUCUCAAAAGAAACAUUACAUAAUAUGAAGGCAACACUGGACAAGAUACGGACCUACGGGCUGGCGGUGGCGCCGCCACCAAAGACAGAGGAGGGCAGGGGCGCUAAGCGCCAAAGAACGGGUCGGGAUACUGGGAAUUAAGGGUUGGCAAACUAGGAGUUGGAUGGCACGGUUGGAUGUAAAAUAGGGGUGCUGAGACUCGGCAAACCAAUCAGGGAGAAAGGCGGGGGUGGUAUUUUGUUAAGUAGCUUCCUAGAAACAGAGUUAGUCAAGGCAAGGAUGUGGGACUUUGUGUGAAACAAUGCCCGCUGACCUGAAACUUGCCAAAAGACAUGAGGGCAAGCUGGGAGAUGCAGGGAGAGACAACUUUUUGAGUAUCAACUACUUUUUCUGAGUUUGGCAAAGACGAGGGAGAGUGUGAUUGGGGAUUCGAACAUAAGGAGGCUCUCUCUUUGCUAUUUAAACAAUCUGUAAUUCGGUUUCUGUCUUCUCAACAAAUUGUGAUACUGGUU